UCUUUCUCUGAAACUCUUUCUGCAGCUCAUGAACUCUGUGAAGAAAGGAACCCAGAGAGAGGAGACGCCAUGAGUCUGACUGCAGCACUGAAAGGAUUUGUUGUUGUUCUUUGCUGGUUUGCAGCAGCGCAGAGUGAUGAAGGCUGGAACGUGAGAUACAACACCAAAACUGAAAUCUGUGUGAAUAAAGGAUCAACUGUGAUCAUAUGGAGCUCAUAUGAUUAUCCAGCAGAGAUAAACAAUGUUAGCACCACUGUUGAUAAAAGAUUCUGGUUCAUUGAAACUGAAGGAGAACCUGUGGACCUAAGAGAAGAUCCAGAAUACAAAGAUAGAGUGAGGAACAGGAGAUAUGAAAAGAAGUGUCGCCUGGAAAUCUCUGAAGUGAGAGAGAGCGACUCUGGAGUUUACAAGUUCAGGUUGAUAACAAACCAUGAGAACAGAAGUUUCACUGGAGAACCUGGAGUGAGAUUAACUGUUGAAGAGCUCCAGGUUCAGGUCAUUUCCAGAUCAGACCAGCAGGAAGAUUCAGACCUGCAGCUAAAGUGUUUCUACAAAUGUGAUCCAGGUGGAUUGUAUAGAUAUGCCUGGUUCAUAAACGGAGAAGAAACCAGAUCAAGUCAGACGCUCACGUACAGACACCGGACUUCUUCCACUGACAGGAUCUCUUGUGCUCUGAGAUAUUAUGGGAUGCAUCCUAGUCCUGAAGUUUAUGCUCCACAAACUGCCUCUGUGUCCCUGACUCCCCCAGGAGAGAUCCUGGAGGGCAGUUCAGUGACUCUGACCUGCAGCAUUGAUGCUAACCCAGCAGCUAACUUCACCUGGUUCAAGGAGAACAAAGACUCUCUGAAAUCAGAAGAACCAACGUUCACCAUCAGUAACUUCACAGCAGAAGACGGAGGGCUUUACAUCUGUGUGGCUCAGAACCAACUGGGCCAGCAGAACUCCACUGUUCAGGUGUGGGUUGGAUCAGGUUCAGUGGGUUUAGUUGCUGCUUGGUCGAUCCGUGCUGUUCUUCUGACUCUCAUGUUCUUGGCUGUUUUAUUCCUGAAGGUCUUCAGAAGGAGAUCCUCAGAAGAACCUUCAGUGAUCAGGAGUCAGGAUGAAGAUGCUCAGGAACCUGAAGGUUUGGAGCGUGACGGACUGACCUCCGGACGUCCAGCAGAGGAUCAGGUGGAGAUUCAGCACGCCACCGUGACCUUCACCCAGAGGCAGGAGGAUCCUCUCUACUCCACCAUCGAUCCAGUCAAAGCAAAGAGAAGACGGGACAGUCAUGAGGACAAAGAGGACGUGGUCAUCCAGUAAUCCAGCUGACUGAACGAAUCGUCUGCAU